CGACCGUGCCAGCUGCAGCGGCUGCACCUGCCGCACCGUCCUCGACAACGCGCGACCAUCGUGUAUCCCGCCGCGCCUGCGACGCGCGUCGCCGUAUCUCCUGAUCGUCUCUCGUGAGAGACGAGACCCCGCGCGCGCGUUUCGGAAUUCUUCGUCCCCGUCCCGUUGAGAGGAUCCCGGCGGGAUCCUCUCCGCGCAAGCGGAUCAAUCGGGCCGAAAGGGGAAAAUCGCGUGAUCGCCGAUUCCUCGUUUCUUUCUCCUCCGCCUCGCUCGCUUCUUUCGUUGACGAGAAGUGCCGAGAUUCGUCGAGAGGCGCGUGCUCGCGCCCGUGCACGUGUCGUGCACCCAGGUGGACAGAGAUAUAGUCGCGCCUGCAUCUGGUACGCGCGCCGCGGGCGAGUUAUCAUCGCGGGUCAGAAGAACUGUGUGAUACGCGCGCCAAGGAGGCGCGGCGCACCGGCUCUCCCGGACUAAAAGUGAAAACUCGUCCUAUACGUCCUUCUCGUUUAUCACCUUCAAAUCGGACUCCCAUCGUCGGUGAUAGCCUUGGUAAUUAGGCGAGAGCGCAGAGGCAGGCAUCGUGCGGGAUAGUGCGACGAUCACUCGUCGCGGCAAGAUUUCGUGAUGCCACCGCCCUAUCGUCGACAUCGUUAGGGCCCUCGCGAUGGCCUCGAUCUUAGGAGACGGAACGGGCCCUGGAGGCCCCGGGCCCUCCCGAUGCCUCUUGCUUCUGCAGAGGUCCCUGGCGAUUCAGCUGAUUCGAGGAGCGCCUCCUCACGUCGCAAGCGCCGGUCAACGGGAAAGUCCGAAGGAACAUCCGGCCGACGAGAUGUGGAUGUACGAUAAGGGCUAUAAUCUGUUUCAGAGUUUCUUGGAAGCGAAUUCCAAAUGCUGGUGGAACGCGGCUCUGGUGGAUGCGACCCGGCAGUUAAGGUACAAGGGCCACGUGUCGCCGGGUGUGCUGAUGGUUAGCGGACCGCCCUGCGCCCUCGAGGUUUUGAGGGCGGCAUGGGCGCGAAAUGUUCUACGACCACCCGCGGACCACUCGAUCACCUGCCUCGGUGAUAUAGAGGACUGUCUGGUGGCUCCAGUUUCCCAAGGUCAGUUCACGCCGCUGCCAGAAGCCUUAUGCUGGGCCAUUCUGGAGCUGACUUCCCAGAGGCAGGCGGCGACCUUGGACACCCUCAGAUCAGCCCUGAGGAACGCCUUCCCGGCCAUGCAGAGGCCCAGCCGAGAGCUCGUUUACGACGCGCUCGCCAAGCUCAUGCAAGAGCGAAAGAUCUAUCACACGUCUCAGGGCUACUUCGUCGUAACGCCCGAGACCAAGAGACUUAGACGCGACUCCGGUAGCUCCAGGCGGUGUUCCAGGGACGUGAACGGGUCCAGAGGUCAGGGUAGCAUGCUGAUGAGCAACGACGAGGCGGUGGCACUCGUACACGGCGAGAUGCUCACUCUGCGAGACGGCGAUGUUACGCAUCAGGCUGUACAGACGAACCUGGCGGACGUUAUUUGCGGAGGAAAUCCCAACGAUAAAGUCCUGUUCGCCAGGUGUCGGUCGAUGCCCGGCCGCCUCGAGAGGCGACACUCUCUGCGGCUUUGGGGCUCGGCCAGACGUUUACACAGAAGCGGAAGUUCACGGUCUCUACCGCGACGACCCGAAAGAAGCGAUACGUCUUCCAGUGCGGAAUACGCGAGCACGGACAGCGCGCCUCACAGUCCGACCAGCUUUUCUGGGAUUUUUUCAGAGAAGAUAGGCCUGCUCUCCAGGCUCUUUCGGCGGAGCACAAGGAGGAAGGGCGCACCGUUAAUGGGCACUUUCAGUGCUCAGUAUCCCCCCACCGAGUGGUUUAAUCCGCGCGUCGUGCAUUUGCAUAGCGUUGCCACGCAGACAAGGGCCGCCAGCCCUUCGAUGAUGGAGGGUUUAGACCAAUCGCAGGCCAGUUUCCAAGUGUGGGACGACUCGAGCUCGGUGCGAUCGGCCACUUUACCAAGGCGACAUCGGCGCCAAGCCAGCGGUGACUCCUCGAGUUUGUUGGCCAACUCGACGCCAAGAAGCUCCCGAAGGCAUCGAUCACCGUGCUCCACUCUGCCGAGAUCCAAAUGCUCCAGCCUCAGCAGAUGCACGUCCAGAGCGUCUGUUCUACCGCCCAGCACCACCAACCAUCAGGAGAGCUAUCAAGCGCGUAAUCAGACGCAGAAUGAUAAAAAUUCGACGAAUUCGUCGCCCAGCAGAAGCGGCGGCAGCUCUGGCUCGGUUAGAACGAUGAAUGCGAGCCCGGCUAAGACGACUACGUUGGGCAGGCCCAACACCAGGCAAUCCAACUCCAGAAGACCGAGUCACGAUUUCAGCAACGGCGGCACUAAGUCGGUCAACGGUUCUCCGCAGCAUAAGGCGCUGCAAAAAACGUCAUCGGGUCAUUCGUCUCACUCUAGCGGCAAGUCAGUUUCCAGCGCGAAAUUAACUUGCUCGCCAUUGAAAACGGCCACGCUAUCGACGAAAUCGUCACCGCUCAAAGUCGUUCAGCAAGGUUCGCUGACUCCCCUGCAAGAGGCGCAGAACUCGAUAACCCUACAAGUGUCCACCAAUCUGAGCCCGUCGUCGCAGGAGCAACGGACGAUACAGAAUAGCGUGACGCUGGCCUCCAACACGACCAGCACGACGACCAUUUCCGGCUCGCCCGGCACGAAGAUCUACGUUCAGCAGAAUAACUCCCCGAUGAGGUCCGUAAUCACUUUCGAGAACGGCACGGUGAAGACGAAGAUUGCCGAGAAGGAAGUCAUCGACUGCAAGGAGAAGCAGGAGAGAGAACUGGUAACCGAGAAGGCCUACAAGACCCGGGUGGACGACGAGAAGCUUUUCAAAUCGAAGCUAGACGACGAGAAGCUGAACAAGCCGGUCAAGGCCGAGCGUCCGUCGUCGCUCUACGCGCCGAAGGAGCCGAAAGCGGGUCUUCUGCUGUCGGAGUCCGACAAGGAGAACAAGCCGAAGGUCGAGGACGAAGUGCCUAACAAGCUGAAGCUGACGAACCGCCUGAACAACAGCCAGGCCCACUUGAUCGACGGCUCGACCAACAACGUCGACAAGAACGCCCUGGCGACGCACGAGGCUGCCGCGUUGUCCGCCACGAAGAACACCAACGAUGCGAUGAACAAUUCGCGCAAGCUUAGCCUGUCGCUUUCGAAGGACGCGCUGAGUUACCGCAAUCUACUUCAUCCCGGUUCGAAGAACAACAUCGCCUCGAACCCGCCGUCGCCCACCAAGUCUUACGACGGCUUCGGCGGCUCCUUCAACGACGUUUACAUCGAGAACCUCGAGACGGCGAAGCAGCGCGCGCCUCAGGGCUCCGAGCCCAACCUGGAGAAGACGGUGAGCCGAGGUUCGGAUUUGCACUCCUAUCCCAGCCUCAGCGACAUGCAGGUGCAGUUCACCAGCCUGGCGGCGCAGAAGAUCCUCAAGGGCUGCCCGAUUAACAGCGUCGACACCUUGGUGGAGGUGAACAUGGCGGCCGCCGACAAGCCCAACAAUUGCGACGUCACCGUUCACACGGAUUUCGGCCUCGUUUGAAUUUCAAUCCCCCUUUUUCCCUUGUACAUCCGUCGAUUAUGUAUAUCGUACCACGAGGGUGGGACAAGGAGCCUUGCGUCCCACCCGAACAUAUUGCGUCCAUGAAAAACAACGUGCCUCGAGGCGAGCAGUAUCGAUGAAACGUCACUAACGCCUUGCUUCUCAUACAUGAGGAUAGAGAGCUAUACUUUUUCUCUUACUUUUGUUUGUUAGUGGAAAAAAGGCCACGGCUUGCGUAAGAAAUAUUACACACGGAACACGCGUAACAGUUACCAGCGAUCUGUCGCUUUACGUACAUCUCUCUCCUCUCUGUGUCUUUUUUUUUAACGAGCGUUCCCGAACAAUCGCUGUUGCCAAUUUUGCUUAUGUUAUCUGCAUAUCUGGAUUAAUACGAUCAAAAUUUUCAAUCUCGCUUAUUAACAUCGCUUGCCUUAUUAAGCAAAAUAUCCGCCUCUCUUAAAAAAAUGUUAUCUCAAAAUAAUUUCUCCAUUAUUGAAUUACUGAUUGUAUUUUUUAUACACUGAAUUUCGAUUAAAUUAUCGUGUAAAUCGUGUAAUCAAGUAACAGACGGGCAAGACAUAUUUUACGUUUUGCAUUAAAAAUGAGACGGCAAUCGCUCGCGAGUACACUUUCUAAAGUACACCUAUAGAUCUUUUCAAAUUUCGAAAUUUAUAGAUUGAGAGACGCGCGCGUAUCGCAACGUCGACAGUUUUGCAUCGCUUUACUCGAGCUAAAGCGAUUUGUCAAAGCAACAUUUCUCGCGUGCAACGGUUACGCGCGACCCACGAGCGAGCGAGGAAGAGGUGGGAAAUUUUUUCCGAAUUAAAGCACUGCCACUUUCCUAUACGCAUACUUACACUUUUCAUUACUAAUUUUCACGCAGUCACGGCGAUAAAAGGACUUCCAGGCCUUCGUAGCGCAGUAAGACUAAAAAUGGUACACAGCGAAGUUUCGUAACGCGAUGUGUAGGCAGGGAGAUCCUUGUAAAAAAAAAAAAUUCUUUCGAACGAAGAUAAUAUCGCAGUGGAUAGUGCGGGAAACAAUGCCUUUAUCGCGCGUCAUUAAAGCGCGAGCAGCUGACAAAUUAAUAGCAAUACCGUCCCCAGGGAGCGCGGAUAACGCAGAAAGGUUCGAGGAAAAAAACGAUCGCGAGGAAUCUGCGAUUCUCGCCUGCGCCGCACGGAGAUUUGAUAUCAAAUAUUAUACAUAAUGUUUACACGCAUAGUGUAGAGGAAGGGCGUUUUUCCUCGGAAGCGCGGCCGGUACCAUUCGCAAUUAGUGCAAUCGUAAAUCUGUAAGUGCCAAAACUUAUAUCGUAGUACUUAAAUAACGAUUCCGCCUUAAUGAUUUCGGUCGCACGGCGAUUAUUUCGCGCGGCGCCGUACACCGCGGCCGCACGAUUUCGGUAAGUGCGAUGAGCAAAUCGCGCGAGAAGAAAAGGAAGAAAGUAAACGCCAAUCGCGAGAAGCCGUAGUCUUAGGAAAAAGAAAAAAAGAUAGGCAAUCAAGCGUGCGCACGGCACGAGAGAAGAGGAUCAAGAGACACACGCCCGCUUUGUACAUUUCAUACUCUGUAUCCGCAGAUUAACCGAUCGACGACGCGGGUUCGCGAUCGCCGUUCGCUCCACAUUUCCAAAAAAAAAACGCCGACUUUUCGCUUACAUCGCGCGCGUCGUCAAAAGUCACUUAUUAUCAUCGAUUAAAUAAUUACGAAUCGUGUAUCAAUUAAUUUGCUACAAACUAUAUCAAUUAUCAUCAUCAAUACUGCAACCGCAAUUCCAAUCAAUUGUCGCAUAACUUGCAAAUUAUUAUUACUGAGCUACAUAAGAACUUGUUAUAAAAUUGUUGUAAUCUGUACGGGUCAUCGUUAUAAUUGAUUUUUUUAAUAAUAAUUUAAUAUGACUUAAGGACAUGCAAGAUGCAAUUAUUUUAAGCAUCGAUUUUGAACGCGCAGAAAAAUGCAAACAUAAAAUUAUUUUGUAAAACCGAAGUAAAUGUGCAAUAUUGAAAAUCUGCGUGAGAAUAUGUUGAAAAAAGUGCCAAUUGGAAUUUCUGAAGGGCAACGUUCGAUUAACUUAAUCGGUGAUUAUCACUUAUCAAGUAAUGCUGUUUCGUUAACAUGGGUAGAAUUAUUAAAUUCUGUUGAGUUAUAUAUAUAUAUUAACGUGUUGUUUAAGAAGCUUUAGCGACGACGAAUUAUAUAUAUAUAUACACAAUUGGAAAUUUUGCUCAAGCAAUUCUAUCAAUCGAACGAAUCGCCGAUUAAGUUAAGAUCGGCGUUCAACCGUCCUCGACUCGGGACACGAGAAGUAUCGCACUCCCACGGGAAAGUCGGCGUCCGCGCGAACGGCGGAAACGCGUUAUAUCGAAUCCGCGCCUCUCUCUUAUUUCUUAUCAAAACUAACUUGUAGAGUAUCAAUCUGUAUAAUCUUACGUAUCAUUGUAACAACGAAAGUAUAUGAGUAAUAAAAAGAGUGGAAAAAGCGCA